CCAUUGCGUGUGCGAAAAUUUCAUCCAUGAGUGAUCGACCACCAUCAAAAGCACAAGGAGGGAAUGAGAAAGAUACUCCUAGUAGCUCUAGUAGUACGCUCAAGGACUCAGGCACUUCAUCAUUUAUGUCUCAGUUCUACACACCCAUGAACCCAACUUAUAUUACAUCACAAUCCCAGACAUCUGCAUCUCAAGCACAGCCAUCGCAUGCUACUUAUACACAGCAAACAACGCAUUCACAAUAUACACAGUACCAGCCAAGCCCCGCUGCGGCUGUCACAACAGUACAGCCUAACUCUAAUACUUCUUUAAUGGGUGCAGGGGCAGCCUUAAUCUUGGCCAAUUUAACUACGCUUCCUGGCUUCCUCUCGGAAGCUGCGAUCCAAGAGGCGCGUCAAGAGUAUUUGGGGCAACAACAGUUUGGCCAUAACUCAGCACAAGCAAUCCAUUCGCACCCUUCUCCUCACUCCUCUCACCUGCCAUUGUCUUCCUCCUCCUCUCAUCCCUACUCUAAUCCUCAAUCGUAUCAUUACCAACCUUCUACAUCCACCGGAAAUCCCUCAACAGAUCCGCAUACUGCUAUUGACUCCUUGCUGAAGGAACUUCAGCAAUCACAAUCCACGUCUUCUAAUACAUCAUCUCCAUCAUCAGCAUCACCAGUACCACAUACAAUAUCACCACUAAACCUACAGCCACAGCCAUCACAAUCGUCCCAACCACUUGAAUCCACUUCUGCAGCUGCUGCACCUGUGACUUUAGAAGACUUCAGUACUGGAAAGAUCACGCCACAGCUCCUGAAAGCUUUAGCCAGCGUCGCUGAGGCAGAUACCCAACAAGGAGGCCUGCUUUUAGACGAGAUUAAGCGAUUAAAAGAAAAGCAGCUGAAUAUUGAACGGUCAUUGCAUAAGGAUCGACAAGCUUUAUUAGAAAAGCAUAAAAAAGAGCUAGUUAGGCUACAAGCAAACGAGAUAAUGGGUAUAAAUAUCAAACAUGAAUUACAGCAAACGAAGAUGAACCAUAGUGAAGAGCUGAAGCAAUUUGACAAGAAUGUGAUCCGGACAUUGGACAAGGAGAUCAAGCGCGUGCAAGAAUCGCUAGCCAAGUCCAAAGUUCCUAUGAUGGUGUGUACGACUGAUCCUGUCAAGAUUGCUGCGCAGAUCCGAGUAUUACGGCUACUUGAGGACAUGCUGUUGCAGACAGAGUAAAAAAGAGCAAAAUAAAUAUAUUUGAUGGUACCCAAUAACCCCCAUUCAAAGGCAUAGUGUGCU